AUGGCCCGAUCAGCCUCUCCGUCAGUAGCUUCCAACUCUUCCGCUUCGGCGAUCAACACAGAUCUUGAUCUAUCAGUGUUUAUUAAACGCACGAAGGAUCCGGCCAAGAGAGACAUGAUCAUACAGGUGAUGAAGAGCUUUGCUUCCGAGGACGAAUUGAAGAACAAAACAGUCAAGACGGCGGAAGAGAAGAAGGUCUGGGCUAUCCUUCGUAGUGAGGCUUAA